AUGACCAGGCUGAGACACCAGAGUUUCAUAAUCGGACGGCAACUACUCGUUUGUUGCACAGCGCUCAGUUUUGCCGUUGUUUGUGAUAGACAUGUUUGCAAAGCUGAACUGGAGAAAGGCAAAGAUUUAAGAGGAUUGACUGGGACGGAAGAACUUCGAAAUAUUUCUAAUGAGGUUUUGAUGUGGUGUGACGAGUUAUUGCUAGAUUCAAGUUACUCCCUGGUGUUAUCAAAUAUGGUAAGAACGAAGUUGGAUAAUCGGAUUAGAAUCCUUAUUGAAAAUGGAGUUGCUACGGGACAUCGUUCGUUGUUUGUUAUUAUUGGUGACAAAGGGAAGGAUCAGGUUGUCAUCCUUCACCAUUUAUUAUCAAAAGCAACGGUUGCUGCCAGGCCUUCUGUUCUGUGGUGCUAUAAAAAAGAGCUCGGAUUUACUUCACAUCGUAAAAAACGAAUGAAAGAGUUGAAAAAAAAAUACGAAAUGGUCGACAAUGAUCCAUUUGAAUUAUUCAUUUCUUCAACACACAUCCGUUACUGUUAUUAUGCUGAAACACAUAAAAUCCUUGGCAGUACUUUUGGAAUGCUCAUACUUCAGGAUUUUGAAGCUAUUACACCGAAUCUUCUAGCUCGAACUAUUGAAACGGUUGAAGGGGGUGGCUUGAUUGUACUGUUACUAAAGAGUGUCAACUCUUUGAAGCAGUUAUAUACGAUGGCCAUGGAUGUCCACAGUCGUUUUCGUACAGAAUCUCAUUCUGAAGUGGUUCCCCGUUUCAAUGAACGAUUUAUAUUGUCUUUGGCAAGUUGUCGCAGUUGUGUAGUUGCGGACGAUCGCUUAAAUGUUUUACCACUAUCAUCUCAUGUCUUAAAAAUUGAGGAAGUCCCUGCAAGUUUUAAGAACAAGCUUAACACGCAAGAAGAGGAAUUAGCAUCCCUGAAGAAUUCACUAACCGAAACUAAACCAUUGAGUUUUUUGCUGAACAAAUGUAGAACAUUGUGUCAGGCAAAGACUUUGUUACGACUUCUUGACGUAAUAACUGAGAAAACGUUGCAAGUAACAUGUUGCAUAACUGCAGCUCGUGGUCGGGGUAAAUCGGCUGCCCUUGGAUUAGCCAUAGCAGGUGCUGUUGGUUUUGACUAUGCGAACAUAUUUGUAACUAGUCCGGCACCUGAUAAUCUGAAAACAUUAUUUGAAUUUGUCGUCAAAGGUUUGGAGGCUAUGAAUUAUGAAGAACAUACGGAUUUUGAACUGAUCCAGUCAACAAAUAAACAAUAUAACAAAGCCUUGAUCCGAAUCAAUAUUUUCAGAGGUCAUCGACAAAUCAUUCAGUAUAUUGAUCCUCAAGAUUCGGUUAAAUUAUCGCAGGCUGAACUAGUAGUAAUCGAUGAAGCUGCUGCCAUUCCAUUACCAAUCUUGAAGGAGCUAAUUUCAGGACCAUAUCUUAUUUUUCUCGCCUCAACGAUCAGCGGUUAUGAAGGAACUGGGAGAUCGCUCUCAUUGAAAUUGAUGCAGCAACUUCGUGAACAAGCAGCUGGUUUGCUGAAAAAUGAUAACAAUGAACAAGUGCUAACUGCUAUGAAAGGACGUGCAUUACAUGAAUUGGUUCUCGAAGAAAGCAUCAGAUACAAGCCAGGAGACCAGGAAAGUUUUAUGGAUUAUUUGAUUAUAUUUACUCUUUUAUACCAUCCUAUUGAAACUUGGUUAAAUCGUGUUUUAUGCUUGAAUGCUUGCAGUGCACAUCGACUGGUGGCUGGAAUGCCACCACCCAAAAACUGUCAAUUGUUAUAUGUUAAUCGCGAUACUUUGUUUUCCUUUCACAAGGCUUCCGAAACUUUUCUUCACAGUAUUAUGGCCAUAUAUGUGUCAGCACAUUACAAAAACUCGCCUAACGAUUUGCAGAUGUUGUCGGAUGCUCCAGCACAUCAUUUAUUUGUUUUGGUGGGACCAAUUAACGAAACACAAGCACAACUUCCAGAGAUUCUGGCAGUUAUACAAGUAGCGAUGGAAGGUGUCUUAUCUUCUGCAACGGUAUGCGAUAAUAUGGGAAGAGGAAAAAGAGCAGCGGGUGAUUUGUUGCCGUGGACAGUAUCGCAGCAGUUUAUGGAUAAAGAAUUUCCAACGUUGAGCGGAGCAAGAAUUGUCAGAAUAGCAGUACAUCCUGAUUUCCAGUCACUGGGAUAUGGUUCACGAGCUCUUGAAUUACUUCUGGAAUAUUAUUAUGGGGCAGUUCCAUGCUUAAAAGAAGGAACAGAUUUUAAUAUAGAAGCAAAUGCUAAACACAUCGAGAAUCCUGAUGCAUUGGUAUUGCUGGAAGAAGUUAUUGAACCACGCGCUGAUUUACCACCACUUCUACAUCGUUUAAGUGAACGGCGUGCUGAGAAAUUGGAUUAUAUUGGUGUUUCGUUUGGGUUAAAUUUACCUUUGCUCAAAUUCUGGAAGCGUGCAGGGUUUGUCUUGGUCUACCUCAGGCAAUCUGUUUGUGACCUCACUGGUGAACAUACUUGCGUUAUGCUAAAGGAUAUGAAUAAAGAUGAGGAAGAUUUGAACGAAGGUACUGCUUCUUGGCUCUCGUUAUACUGGACUGAAUUUCGACGUCGAAUUUUGCGUUUGUUUGGAUUUGAAUUUAACAAAUUUUUGCCGCAGAUGGCUCUCAGUAUUCUUCAGCUGAAAAAUAAUGAGAUCGCAAAGCAAUGUAAAAGAGAGGUUUGGGCCAGAGAAAAAAUUGGAUCAUUUCUUUCAAACGGUGAUUUAUGCCGAUUAUCUCAGUAUGCACGGAACAUGAUCGAUCAUCAUCUGAUCACUGAUAUAUUACCAGUACUUGCUUUAUUGUAUUUCGAAGAACGAUUCGAUGAGAAAGUGAAACUAAGCAGUGUACAAGCUGCAAUUUUGUUAGGUAUUGGACUGCAACAUAAAACGGUGGAUAUUUUGGCAACAGAACUUGAGCUACCUGCUAAUCAGUUGUUAGCUUUAUUCAACAAAACUAUUCGAAAACUUUCUGAAUACCUCGAUCAGCUUUGUAUGGAUGCCCUACGGCAAGAAAUUGAUGGUCAGGAAAUCAGUGAGCGUUCAGUUGAUGUUGGUUCAAUGCAGCCUGUUCCAAUCUCUCUUGAUGAUGAGCUUCACGAGAUGGCUGUAGAAAUCAGAAAAAGACAAGAUAGAGAUCGAGUGAGAAUGAAAGAAGAAAUAGGUCGGGAAUUGAAGCAGUAUGCAAUCAAGGGAAGUGAAGAUGAUUGGAUGAGUGCUUUACAGAGUACCAAUUUAAAGACAUCCAAAAAAAUUGGCACCAUCUUAUCAGUUAAAUCAUCAAGGACCGAAUCCAAAAGUGUUGACCAUGAAUUACUUAAAGAAACAAACAAGUUCGCCAAUCGGAAAAGAAAGAGGAAAUCCAAAGAUUUUAAAUGA